AUGUUUUGCGCCGGCGGCGUCGACGAGCUUGGUGUGACCGGAUCAGCUCGUCGCGGACAACCGUCGCUGCGGUGGCGGCUCCCACUGGUUGCCUGCUUGCUACAAGUACUCCGCUGCUCCUCCAGCGCUGGGCUUGGUGGAGACGGCCGAACGGCGUUGCGCUUGUCCCCCCUGGUGCAAGGAGCGGCCGGGCUGCUCCUCGAGAACUACCGGGACGAGCUGGAGGCCACCAUCCCAUCCCCGCUUAUCGAUGCUCACCAGGAAAGCACAACAUCGAUCAUGGUGGCAGAGGCUUGGGCGCAUGUCGAUCAACAACGGGCGCGGGCGGAACUACUGUCGGUCUUCCGCGGCCAGUGGAAGAACGGUUUGGUCCCUACCGUUAGGUACGCCCCAGGCUACGAGGCCGAUUUUCUUGGGGGAUCGUUCCUCCCGGGUCCCGGGGGUUGGGGCGGCCGUAGCAGCGAAAACGCCUCCUCGUCACAGUCGGCGGGCGGCGCCAACACUUCCUCUUUGGCCGCGAUUCCCCUACACGCGGAGGCUGCGCUACGGAUAUUCGACCUGUCUCCCAGGGACGCCGAAGCCCGCCUUUGGCUGCAAGACCUAUUCCCGGCGCUAUUCCGGUACCACGACUACCUGCACGGGAGCCGAAACGAUCCAGAGACGGGCCUCGUGUACGUGCACCACCCCUGGGAGACGGAAGUGUCCGCGGAUUCGGCGCUUUGGCCCUCUCUGCUGGCGGACGCGCGAGCACAAGCCACGAAGGAGUCGUGGGUGCCACCGCCGAUCCCCUCAUCUGUGUCCUCGGUGGCCGGGUUUCCGGGCAAAAAAGCGUUUGAGGCCGCCAUCUUCCUGUCCGACUGCUCUGCCCGGCACGGCCGUGUCGACGAGGACGUACAGCGGGAAUGUCCAUUCCUGCUGCAGGAUGUCCAGUUCAACGCGGCCCUUAUGCGGUCGGACAAGGCGCUGCUGGAGCUGGCGGGGAUCCUGGAGGCCACACGGAGCGGCUGGCAAACCAAGGCGAGGGAUGGCUGUGUAUAUACCCCGGAGCAGUACGAGCGCCUCGAAAAGUGGGCGGACGACGCAGAGUCGGGGAAGGCAAUUGCGCACCUUUGGAGCCCCACGGAAGAGGCUUUCCUGAACCGUUACACGUCGACGACGAGAAAUGAGACCUUUCUGGCGCGUCCCGCGACAAGCUCCGGUUUCUCGGCCCUUCUCUCCCCCGGGCUGGCGCCGUUCAAGGCAAACGCGGCCAUCGAGGCCCUCCUUUCCCCCAGAGACGUGUCGUUCCGGUGCGGAGACUUCCCCGUCAUGGACCUGGAGUGCGGCUACGGAGAGAACGCUUCCGGCGGCGGCUGGGGUGGACCACGGGUGGUGGAAGGUGUCGGUGAGAUCGGCGGCGGUACCGACGGCGGCGGUACCGACGGGGGCGGCAGCGGCGGCGGCGGCGGCGGCGGUGGUGGUGAUGGUAGUGAUGGUGCUGGUGACCGCGGCAUCGUCACGGGGAGCGGGGACGGCGGCGCGGCGGUGUUGUUAAGCCCGGCGGCGGCGGGUCCCGGGCCGGAAGAGUUUGGUGCGGAAGGGGAUGCUGGUCAGCUCGUGUCGCGGGUGGCGAGCAGUAGGAGGACGGCGGUGGAGGUGCCGGCGGUACCACCAGGAGCAACAGAUUUUUCAGCGGAAGCGACGACGGCGGCAAGAUUUGAUGCCGAAGACAGCGGUAGCAACAGUCGGGUGUGGGUCCUUCACAACUUCCUCGCGGUGCGCGGGCUGCGCCGCCUGUCGCUGAAUGGCCUCUCUGUGUGGCUGGCCAACUCCACGUCCUCCCUGCUCGGGAUCCCACCGGAGGGAGAGUACGAAUACCUUUACUACUACGGGGCCGGGGCCGACGACGGCGGCGGCGGGGAAGACGAAGAUCUCCUUUUUCGAUUCCACCGCGCUUUUGACGGUUUCAGCGGACUGCCGCUGCCGGGGCCCGAGGGCAACAGCUCCUCCCUCGCCGCCGCCGUCUCGAUACUCCUCCUGCUGGGAGACGCCCCCGACGGGGGGAACGACUUCCCUCCGAUAACGCAUGCCACACUGUUUGUGCUUGUGGCGGUGGAGCUAGCGUUUUCUUUCGCGAUGGGCGUCUCGUGCCUGCUCUUCAACGUGAGCCUAUUGCGGAAGCUGGCCAAGGAGGACCAGCCGACGCACCACAGCCAAGGAAGGCACAGCAUCGGCGGCGGCGGCGGCGGCGGCGGUAGCAACAGCGGCGGAGGCGGCGGCGGCGGACUAUGCGGGAACAUCGGUGACACCGCCGUCGGGGUAGCGAGAACGAAGACGGAAGACGGGGACAGGAACGAGGAUCAAGGGCAGCGGGAGGGAGGCGCCGACGACCCUUGGCGGAGGCGAGUGCGUGGGUCGUCGGCGGCGGCGGCGGCGGUGACCGCCGGCGCUGAGUUCGGCCAAGGCCGAGGAAUCGGCAGUCUGCUUUCGAGGAGGGCGGGGUCCCGGGUGGACCUGUACUAUGACGACGACAGUGGUGAGGAUUACUUGGAGACCGUGGCGAUGAGCACGCGGGAUACGGCGGCGGGCGGCCGGGCUGCUGCAGGCCGGAGCAGCGUGGGCUCCUUGGACGACAGCGACACCUACAGCAGUAGCGACGGGCGACUUGACAUGGACGACAGCGAAAGCGACGGCCGCGGCAGUUUCCAGUACCAGGAGCAGCCUUUCCGCAGCGGCCAGCGAGAGGGUAGGACGCAGGAGUUCCCUCGGCCCCGGUCUAGGACAAACACACUGGGCAGGAGGAGAAGGUCGUCGGGGGUGAGUCGAGGCGCGAGCACGGCAGCAGACGAAGACGAAGAAAGGAGGAUGGCGCUUAUUGGCGGCGGGGUGGGCGGGACUGCUGGUAGCGGCGACGCCGGCAGCGGCGGCAGCGGCGGUCGCGGUAGCAAUCGCGUGGGGUUUGUCGACCUCCUGAGGCCGUUCAUGGCCUCAGUCAAGUUUUGGUGAUCGUUGUGUAGCCUGCUUUGCGUUUUGUACAGAUCGUGCUGAGAGUUGGGGCUUGUUUCGUACAACCGGUUCGUUGUGACCACAUUUGGCGUGUAGCCUUGCUUUACGGAGAGAAAGAUAGAAGGUCUCUCGGGUGCCCGCAGUUUUCCGAUUGGUCAUUUUUUUUUUAUAUGGAGGUUUCCGAUUGGUUGAAAAUCCCUGGUCAACCGGCAACGUCAUCCAAGGCGGUGUCACCAUCUUUCUCUGUUUCCUGCAGAAAUGUGUAGUACACGCUCACUGAGCGAGGUCGCUCUAGACCAGCUAUAACUGGAGAUGUACCCGAUGGCGGCCAUGCGAUUCGGUAUCGUGGCCGAACUUUGGGGACAGCGCUCUCCGUCAAGUAUUGUUUUUUUGGUUUGACCUGUGGAGAUGAUUGGGUGUACCUGACACGCGGUAUGACUGAUCUACGGAGAUUUUGGGGGUUCCUAAGGAACUACCGUAUAUGACUCAAGAUAAAACACCCCCUGGAUCGAUUUUGAAAGCUCGAUUACUCCACGACGAAGAGGAUGCAUAAACGAAGCGAUACAUUUUCGAAAAGCUCUCGACGAGACGGUUUCAGCGCCGCCAUUUUCGGCGCUGUGACUGUCCGUGCAGUUGAGAAAUCGAGCUUCGAAAAUUGGUCACGGGGGUGUGUUAUCUUAUGUCAUAUACGGUACAUUGGAUGGGUUGGGUAAAUGUGUAUAAGAUUGACAACAAGCGGCAGGUCCCUCGAAGGUGUUGUAUGUUGUCUAAUCCAACGACUGCACGUAGGCCCGGUGGCAACACGAACAUGAGGUAGGGAUGGGAGGUGAUAGGACACCUGCCCCGUACAAGCAAUAGCACGCCAUCCAGGCUAGAAGGCUCGACUCGGAAGCAAGUCCGGCGUGGGUGUACACGCGCAACGACAGCUUUUCCCGGCAUCUCAAACGAUAGAAAUUAGUGCCGACAAAUGGCCAUGGUGGGUAGUUUUUUCCUGACGUCU